GGCCGGUCAGGUUAUGUUAUGAAUGUUAUGAUUGUUUGCUGACUGCUCUGAUUCUCUGAAGUCAUCCUGAACACUGAAGUGCUCCUGCUGAUAGUGCUGAUAUCUUUUAGAGAGGUUUAUUUCAUCAUUCUCAGAGAUCUCAGAAAUCAGAAUUAUCUGAAACGUUCAUUUUCCCGUUUUCUCCUACUUCUCUAGCUUACGUUUUUGAAAGGUGUUUUGUAGUUAUCUAGUAAUGAACAAGAAAUAAUGGAUUCUACAGAUUUUAUUAUAGAUACUUUGGGUGAUACCAGUAUAACAACAACUGUUGAAGGUUCUACUUCUGGAGAUGAUUUCCUUAAGGAACUUUUCAAUGACAUUGAAAUGCCCCCCAAAGAACAAAGAAAGAAAGUAAUUCACAAAGAGAAUGAUUUACUGACUGAAGUUCUUGAUGAUCUAUAUAGGAAAGGAAAAAAUAGGAAAAGAAGUAAGGCUGGAAGAAAUGGCUCACCAACAGAAGCGCCUGUCAGAGAAGAAGUAACAAAAAUUAUGAAAAAAUCAGUUUUGACACCAGAGUUUGAAAAACUCAAUUUUGUUCCACCAUAUGAAAUUUCAGAGAAAAACUUGAGAGAACAGAGAAAGAAAGAAAGAGAGAAAACCAAAGGGAAAAAAUGGUAUGGUUUACCAGCCACAGAGAUGACAGAAGAAAUUAAAAAUGACUUGGAAGUGCUUCAAAUGAGAUCUGUCCUGGAUCCCAAACACUUUUACAAGAAGAAUGAUUUGAAAGUUUUGCCAAAAUAUUUCCAGGUUGGGAAAGUGAUGGAUUCAUCAGUAGACUUCUAUAGUAGCAGAAUUCCUAAGAAACUGCGCAAGAAGACAUUGGUUGGAGAGCUGUUAGCAGAUGCACAGUUCCAGAAAUAUAACAAGAGGAAAUACAAGGAAAUUAUUGAAGAAAAGCAAAAAACACAUUACAAAGCUUGGAGACAGGCAAGAAAAUUGAAGAAAAAGAAGUGAAACAAUUUGAAUGCCACAAUAAUAAUCUUU